AACAAACCGUGCGUACCUAUCCGUAAAAUCCCGCCCAUUCAGUUGCCACCACACUACUGUAGCAACAACGGUUAGCUAAAUUAGCUUAUCCCUGUUGUUGGGGUUGGAAGAUAGUUAAUCCGUCCGUAUUCUUUAUGAACAUUACAAAACGCGGUCUGACAACGGUAACAGAGCUGUAACGUCAGGGGCAGAACUUAAAUCCAGGAUGUGCUCCGUCGUCGGAUGUGAUUCGGGGCGUCGCAGUGCGCAACGGUUUAAGUUACCGGAGGACCCAGAGAGGAGACUGGAGUGGGUUCAGUUUCUCGCUACAGUCAACAUGCAGCGGUUUAAAGAAGCGUCCUGGACAGACAUUAGAAUUUGUAGCGAACACUUUAAAGGCGACUGUUUUAACAACAUGUCACCGAGCCAUUCAAGUUUUACUGUCAAGGACCAGCUAACGUUAACGUUAAAUCCCAAUGCUGUCCCAUCACUGUGUCUCAAGUCAGAGUCAGAGGAACCUGAGACACAUCUGCAGAGCCCAACAUGUGUGGAGCCUGAGGAAACCACAGAAGCUGCUUAUCAGCAUGAUCAACUUAAAACAUGUGAUGGCCCAACUUCCUUUCCUGAAGAGUCAAGACUGACAUCAACGGCUUCUGAGGGAAGCCCAGUACCAAGAGGUGUCUCAUCCUCAACUGAUUCCUCAGAUGGUUUUUUUAUAUCCGUAUAUCGUCAGCUGCAACCAACAAAUACGAAUUUUGAUUUGAUGAAAGAAAAAGCAUCACUUCUGCAGACGAAAGGGAAGUAUGUCGUUAAUGAAAAACGCCUCCUCCAGUUGUUCAGCCACAAGUGCCCGUCAUGUGGUUCUAAAGUAAAGAUGGAGAAGGUCACCCAUGGGGUGCUCAUCAUCUUGAACCAACAGUGUCUUCAGUGUGACUACAGAAACCAAUGGAAAAGCCAAGUCAAUGCCAGUGUCCCAACAGCUGAAGACCAAUGCCUGACAGAAGUAGUAGAAGUAGACCUAACUCCAGAGACCCAACAGGCAGUGUCAACAGAUGACAACCCCAGCACUAUCACAGGAGUCCCUGAGAUUGUUGCUGUUAUUGAUGACAAAAGUGAUGCCAUGAAUGAAACAGGGGAAUCGAGUAAUCAGGGUGACAUGGAUUCAGACGAGGAUUGGAAGCCAAAGAAUUUGGUGCUGGCUAAAAUGCUCAAAAAUACCCAUGAUGACAAAACUAAAGAGAAAGAAGAUUAUGCUUAUCCUCCACUUGUCCCCAAACAAGGUCAGCUCUGCACAGAGUGUGGAAAGUUUUUUAAUAAACAGAGGCCUCACACAUGUGAGCACAAAAUUAAACCCUAUUCUUGCAAUAUUUGUGGUAAGAGAUGUGUUAGCAAGUUCACGCUAAAUACUCACAGCAGAAUCCACAGUGAAAACUAUGAAUAUCGGUGCAAAUACUGCCACGUUACAUUCAAAACAAAGGUGGACAAGAUCAGUCACGAGCAGAUCCACCUAACUGAAGGAAAGCCCUAUAAAUGUCCCGAAUGUUCAGAGACAUUUGCCAAAAAUAAGGAACGCAGAAUCCACCUGGAGGAUCACAGAGGCCCUCCCCAGUUGAAGUGUUACUUCUGUGGGAUUGAAUUCCUCUGGCCACUCAAUCUCCAGAGACACUUAGCGGUGCACACAGGAGAGAAGCCGUUCAAGUGUUCAGUGUGCCAACGUGGCUUCAGCCAGCCAAGCCACCUGAAAUCCCACAUGCGUCUGCACACAGGGGAGAGGCCUUUUAAAUGUCAGCACUGUGACAAAAGCUUCAAUCACAACGUGAGCUUGAAGAGUCACGUCCAGCGUUACCACUCAUCGAGCUCUGAACGUGAACAGAAGAAGGAUAAAAUAAACAGAACUGUAAGCUACAGUGUUCAUGCUGAGGAGAAUGUUAACAUGGGAGGGAAAGACUUUGAACAUGAUAAAGAAGUGGAGUUGCAGAAGCAGAGCAAAGGUAUGCCAAAACGUAAAAGGAAGAGCUCCGGUAGACCCAUAGGAAGGCCCAAGAGAAAUGCAGCAGGCAACCUGGUUCUGGCUGGGGAAAUGCAAGGCCAGCCUUCAAACACUAAGACUGCCAAAGUUAAGGUGCGGAAGUUAAAGAGAACACGCUGCAGUGAUGAAGAAAGCGAGGAUGAGCCGACCAAAAGCGACAUGUCCUUUGACUCAACAGAGGAGGAAGAGGAGAAUAGUGAGAAAGUGACAAUGAGAGCAAGCAAAUCGAGAGGAAAGGCAAAAGAUUCUGAUGGCGACUCUGAUUUUGAGCCAGAAGAAAAAAAGAAAAAGAGGUACAGCAGCCAGAAUAGUGGUAAAAGCUCAGGGAAGGGAAGGGGAAGACCAAGAAAGAAGCAAGUAGUUAAAGACAUGUAAAAACAUUUUGAAAAGAGAGGUUAUAGAGUUAAACAUGUAUUAAGACAAAUACAAUUUAGAGUGUCAUACAGAAGUUGACUGUUUUUCAUGAUGCAUUUGAACAAUUUAAGAUGAGAAACUGCACAUGGAAAGUUGGGCUGGGUUCUUUUUAAACUUCAUUGCUUCUAACUGUUAAAACAUGAGCCUGUUUAAGGUGGGACUGAUGCGCCUUAUGCCCCCUCGCCGUCUGUGUGAAAGUUAUUAAGACGGGGGGUUGUUGCGCCUUUAAGCCAGCAGUGGAGGUAAUCCCAGAGCCGAGCCAAGUUCUGUGUGAAAGGGACAGCCAGCAUGGCGGGACUAAGUUCCAUGCAGUAUGAUGCACUAAUCGACCUACAGGGUCCGGUCGGGUUUACAUGGCUGAUUAACGCUGUGGAUCGGCCCAUGCCUAGACCCAUGCCUCUAUUGCUGCCGGAAGCAAUACAGUAUUUCUUUUUCUAGGAUGGCAAAGGCAUGAAUUUGGAUUGGCUUUCCCUGGUAUUCUUACCCUAACCAAUCUCACUCCUCAUGUCUAAACCUAACCAAUCUAAACGUGAAGGCGAUGACUACUAGCCAAUCAGAGGCAGAGUAGGGCGGGUCAUGCCUUUGCCAUCCUAGGAAACGCAAAUGUGCCUCCCAUAAUGCCGGCAUGCUAUGUAAAAUCACACUGGCUUGCUUGGUUCUGUGGGAAUAAACAAACAGCAGACCUUAAUUGCGGCGCAAUUGCGGAAUCUCUGUGUGAAAGGGGCUGAUGUCAAUUAGAUUUGAAGAUACUUUUGAAUCCUGUUCACAGAUGUUAAACAUGGAAUCAACCCGGGUAAAAUUAGAUUAAACUGGGCUGGUUUUAAA